AUGUUCAGACAAGCCUCCAGAGCCUUUUCCACCAACGCUCGCGUUCCCCCGAGCUACUUCCUUCAGACCCCCCGCAGACUCGCCAUGAGAUGGAUCCCGCCCACAGUAGCAGUCGUGGCCGUCGGCUACGGCUUGAACACCUACCGACAAGCCAUGGUCCAGCGUCGCAUCGCCAUGGCUGAGCAGGCGGAAAGACGGGCAGUGGAAGACCGCAAGCGUGCGGCAAAAUUGAUGGAUGCCUACGGAGACCGAUCGAGCCUUGAGGAGCUCGAGAAGGCGAUGCAAGUCUACGAGGCUCAGAACCAGGUCUAA